AGUGGAAAAGCGUGUGCGAUGACGGACGGCACAGGGGACAGAGAAGAGGUAAAGCAGAGGAAAGUUAUCUAGCUGAGUGGUAGGGCUCCCAGGGCUGGAAAAGAAAUCAGAAUAAAAGACAGAACAGAUGUGCCAAGAGUGCGUAAUUCUUUAAACAAAUCAAGCGGGGGAAGCCGAUUUAUUUUCCAAGAGACAAGACUCGAGCCAGAGGGGGAGAAAUCAUGGAGCCGGAAGGGAGCACAGAGGGACAAGCCGUUAAUUUGGCACAAUCUGCCGCUUCCAAACUGUCCCAGAUGGGCGAAAGAACUAAACAACUGGGCAAUGCAAUCCAAGAUCCAGAGCGACAAAAACGGAUUAUUCUCGUGAUAGUCUGUAUUGCACUUUUGUUAGACAACAUGCUUUAUAUGGUGAUUGUGCCAAUUAUACCCGAUUACCUUGAAGGGCUACAGAAAGCAGCGGAUCACGCUUCAGCUGCUGCACCGCGCGCCAACCACUCCAACAGCACCGUCCACAAAGUUUCCCAGGACAACUUCGACCUGCAGAUCGGUGUUCUCUUUGCCUCAAAGGCCAUCCUGCAGCUCCUGGUGAACCCACUGAGUGGCACUUUUAUAGACAGGGUUGGGUAUGAUAUCCCGCUCUUCAUCGGCCUCAAUGUCAUGUUUCUCUCUACUGUUGUUUUUGCCUUUGCUGAAAAUUACGCGACCCUGUUCCUGGCGCGCAGCCUGCAGGGCCUCGGCUCUGCCUUCGCGGACACCUCAGGGAUCGCCAUGAUCGCAGACAAAUACACGGAGGAGAAAGAAAGGAGCAAAGCGCUGGGUAUCGCCUUGGCUUUCAUCUCUUUUGGGAGUCUCGUGGCGCCCCCCUUUGGAGGGGUCCUCUACCAGUUUGCAGGGAAGCGCGUGCCCUUCCUGAUCCUGGCCUGCAUCUGUCUUAUGGAUGGGGUUUUCUGUCUUACUGUGCUGAAGCCUUUCUCAAACAAGGAGAGAGAAAACAUGCCAGUGGGCACCCCUAUCUACAAACUGAUGAUUGAUCCUUACAUAGCCGUAGUGGCUGGUGCUCUCAUCAUCUGUAACAUCCCUCUCGCCUUCCUUGAGCCAACUAUCGCCAAUUGGAUGGAGGAAACCAUGCAUGCCAGCCAGUGGGAGAUUGGCAUGACAUGGUUCCCUGCCUUCUUCCCUCAUGUCUUAGGUGUAUAUCUGACUGUCAAACUAGCAGCCAAGUACCCUCAUUUGCAGUGGUUUUACGGGGCUAUAGGUAUGGUGUUCAUUGGCGCGAGCUCCUGCACAGUGCCAGCCUGUAAAAACUUCGGACAGCUCAUGAUCCCGCUGUGCGGAAUCUGUUUUGGCAUCGCCUUCGUGGACACUGCUCUCCUGCCCACACUGGGUUUCCUCGUGGAUGUGCGCCAUGUAUCCGUGUACGGCAGCGUGUACGCCAUCGCAGACAUCUCUUACUGCGUGGCCUAUGCCCUGGGGCCCGUGGCUGCUGGACAGAUAGUACACGACCUGGGCUUUGUGCAGCUCAACUUAGGCAUGGGCCUCGCCAAUGUACUUUACGCACCGGCGCUGCUGCUGCUGAAAAACGUCACACAGAUGAAACCUUCCUUCUCUGAGCGUAACAUGCUCCUGGAGGAUGGCCCGACGGGACUGUAUGAUACAAUAAAGAUGGAACAGAGGGAGAAAAAGAGGAAGGGGCUGUGCACAACGCUCGACGAGAACGGCAUGGAAACGUUUGCGCAGCGGUCUUAUUCAGAGGAGGAAUCCUCCGGAGGAGAGUACGCGUAAAAUACCUUCAACUGAGUGUAAAAACUAUCAAAGUGCCAAAUGUAGACUUGUGUGCAUUCUGUCUGAUUCAAGCAAAUGCUUUACACGGUUAGGAUUGUGUAACAGGCUCAAUUAUUCAAUGCUUCUGGUGACAAUCCCCGCGGGUGUUGUCAAAUCAAGUAGCUUCAAACUUUCGCAGUAGAAAGGCGCGCGGCGUUCCUCCAUCUUAAAGUGAGAGUAUUGUGAUUGAAGUUUUGUUGAGAUAAAUGUCAUUCAGUCAUUCACAGUAGUUAGCACUGUAUCAGAAACUGACUCAUAUCGUAUUCAGGGAUUAUGUGUAAAUGUAUUUGAACAGAACAACAGCUGUAAUGUAUGCGUCUAGACUGUAUCUGUGUCCAUUUUGCCAGAGUUGUGCUGCUAAACUCAAUAUGCAAUACUGACUGUGUGUUUAAGAGAGAAACGACGGAUGGACAUGAAGUCAAAUCUGCAUCUUGUUGUCUGUUUAUUUUGUUUGU